AUGUUCAAUCUCCGCGUCCUCUGUCGAGAUCAACCCCGGCGAACAAUUGCAUUGGUUACUUCCGACCAUGUCUUGAUCUUCCACUACGGCGCAGCCGAGACUGGGCUCAAGGCCGCCCCUCGCUGUCAGGUCGAAUUCUCGGAGGCAUCAUCUGUGGAUCUUGCGGGUUAUCGAUCUUUGGGUGCCGGCUACGGCACCUUAGGUCUAAUUACGCUGAAUGAAGAUGUCUUUGUUUGCGUGGUCACUGGCUCCUCCCAAGCUGCUACUGUGCGACCCGCAGAAACGGUGUCCAGGAUCGACAAUGUAGACUUCUACUGUCUUAACCGAUCCGAAUAUGAGUACGGCCUAGACUAUGAAACUAGCUCUCAUUUCGCCGCCGAGGAACGGCCAGGUGCGGAAGGGAAAGAAAUGGUCACCAACCAUCCUUUCCUGGCCUUAAAGAAGCUGCUUGGGGAUGGAAGUUUCUACUACAGUCUUGAUUUCAACUUGACCGACCGCUUGCAGGAUCGUUCGGACAAAUCAGCGGCGUUCGACAUUGACUCCCUAGAUGAAGACAUGUUGUGGAAUUCAUACAUGAUCAAUCCUCUUCUUCUCUUCCGAAGUCAACUGCCACCUUCUGAUAAGGCAAAACUCGACGCAUCUCAAUUGCUGACAUGCGUCAUUCGAGGGCAUGCUAGUACGCUGAAGAUUCCUGCAACAGUUUCGAUCCUGCCUCGGGUGCGGACGAAUUUCCCAUCCAUGCUGACGAUCAUUUCACGGCAAUCUUCCCGGCGCGCUGGUACUAGAUUCAACUCGCGAGGUAUUGAUGAUGAUGGCAAUGUGGCCAACUUUGUAGAGACAGAAGUGAUUCUCUGGGUAUCCCCGGGGAUUGCCUUCUCAUACGUCCAAGUGCGAGGCUCAGUGCCGAUUUUCUGGGAACAAACCCCAGGUCUAAUUCCCGGGCAGCAGAAGAUCGAGGUAACGCGGUCAAGUGAAGCAACACAGCACGCCUUCAACCAACAUUUUGAGACUCUUGAAUUGGUAUAUGGGGCUGUCCACGUCAUCAACCUUCUCAGUGAGCUCAAAUCUGGUGAGGCAGAGUUGUCGGCCAAGUUUCGAGACCAUAUAGCUCGAAGCUCCCUUAAGCAGAAAGAGGGGUUCUCGGAGUCUAUCCACCACAGCCUUCUGCGAAUGACAGAGUAUGACUUCCUUGCUGAAACGCGAGGCCCCGCUGGAUACGAAGCAAGUAAUCAAAUCAGGUAUGAACUGGCCGAUUCUUUGGAUGGAUUUGCCUAUUUCCUAUCCGAGGAUAGUAACCGCCCUGCUUCGUCCAUCCUAGACCGAGAAGAUGCCGCCAGCGCUUCCUCGGUCAUUCUACAGCAAGAAGGUGUCUUCCGGACUAAUUGUCUGGAUUGCCUUGACCGGACCAAUCUCGUCCAGACCAUCAUCAGCUCGAUGGCACUGGGAUCUUUCCUGUCGCAGCAAGGCGGGAGGCUCGGGUCAGAUCUACAGAUGCGACACUCCACCCUCUGGGCUGACAACGGCGAUGCGCUUUCAAAGAUAUAUGCAGGGACUGGGGCCCUCAAAUCCUCCUUUACUCGUCAUGGGAAAAUGUCACUUGCUGGGGCGCUGGCAGACGCUCGGAAAAGUGCAACGCGGCUCUAUGUGAACAAUUUCACCGACAAGGCCAGACAGCAAACUAUUGAUCUCCUCCUCGGUCGAUUGGCAAAUCAAACACCGGUCCAUCUUUACGACCCAAUGAAUGAUUUAGUUACGGAUGAGCUGAGUCGGCGCGCAGCUGAAUACUCCUCCACCAAGCAGAUUCGCAUGUGGGUCGGCACGUUCAAUGUGAACGGCCGUGAUGAGGGCCCAGGUGCGGAUCUUGAUUCGUGGCUUUUCCCCGACGAAGACCAAUCCAAGGAGGAUCCCGCAAUCUUCGCCGUUGGGUUCCAGGAAAUUGUUGACCUGAGCCCUCAACAGAUCAUGUCAACAGAUCCAAGUAACCGCAAGGGGUGGGAAAAGGCCGUCCAGAGCUGUUUAAAUCGACACACAACCACGAAAGGAACCAGCAAGUAUGUGCUACUGCGGAGUGGGCAGCUCGUGGGCGCUGCCUUAAUGAUAUAUGUGAAAGCAGAUACGCUGAAAGAGAUCAAAAAUGUUGAAGGAGCCGUCAAAAAGACUGGUCUUUCGGGAAUCGCGGGCAAUAAAGGAGGCUGUGCGAUCCGGUUUGAUUUCUCCAACACGAGCAUCUGCUUCGUUACUGCCCAUCUGGCUGCCGGGUUCGGAAAUGAUGAUGAACGAGAUCGAGACUAUGAGACCAUUGACCGAGGAUUGCGAUUUCAAAAGAAUCGAUCUAUCGCUGACCAUGACUCCACAAUCUGGCUUGGGGAUUUCAACUACCGGAUUGGUUUGGGUAAUCAGAUUGUGCGAGAUCUGAUCUCGCAUCGCGACUUUCAGAAGCUAUAUGACAACGAUCAGUUGAAUUUGCACAUGAUCGCAGGAAGGGUUUUCCAAUUCUAUUCUGAAGGUCUUAUUACAUUUGCUCCAACCUACAAAUAUGACGUUGGGACAGAUAAUUAUGAUACUUCCGACAAGUCACGCAUUCCUGCUUGGUGUGACCGGAUUUUGUGGAGAGGAGCCAACCUGCGACAAACUCAGUACCACACAGCCGAUCUAAGGGUGUCUGAUCACCGUCCAAUCUUUGCCAAGUUUGAUUGUAUGAUUGAUGUCGUCGACCAAGGACUCAAGGACAGUCUAAGACGUUUCCUCUAUGAGGAGAAACAGCGCGAUGCACUUUCCGACUCAGUCAACCUGUUGGACCUCGACGACGAGGAAUAUGCGCCGCAACUUUCCAUAGUACCUGGUCUGCCGCCGGCGAGCUCUGAUCGAAGCAAGUGGUGGCUAGAUAAUGGUGUGCCUGUGAAAGCAGCGGUGCAACCACCGAAGGCGGGGCUUGUUGCAAAUCCUCAGCGCAAAUCCAAUCCGUUUUCCAUGGACGGUGAGCCUGACUGGGUACCAAGCUCGCUUUCUGCGGAGAACGGACCACAAGCUCGUGACAGAAAGCCGUUACCUCCUCCCCGACGGGGAACUACAGGUAGAUCCAAAGACAAUAUGCAGUCUUUGGGGAGAGAAAAGCCUGCCCUUGAAAAGUCGCCGCCGGUAGUGCCUCGGAAACCUAUGUCACUAAGCUCUCAAGCAGCAACCGGUCGGCUGCCAACUCCAGUUUCUGAUCAGGGUCGAAGUGCGGUCCUGCAGAACACCUCACAUCCAAGCCAGUCGCCAGAUGUGGUAAGAGGAGCGUCUCGUGCUGAGGCGGGCGACCUCCUUGGUGAUGAUGAUGCUCCGGGAGAACCCAUCGGGUGGAAGCCUCUCCUCCCUCAACGCUGA